GCCUACCUGACAGUAUGUAAAGAUGUCAUAAUGGUUGGCCUCGGAAAUCUCACGUUUCAAGCACACCUUUUAGAUAUGGCUCUUUCAGUCAUACAAACAGAGAGAGGUGGCUUUUGUGCUCCAGUGUUACUGUCUGCUCUGAAAGAAAUUACUGAAGCUUCUUUAACUCAGAAUACUGAGACAGCUGAAGUGGCAAAUCUUUUCCAUGCUGUACAGACCGUCUUUCAGAAAGUUUUAGAAUGCGUGGCUCGUAGACUCAAGAAACAGCAGGAAGAAGGGAUUCAGUUGAUUCAUUCUAUUCAAAUGCCUCUUGGAGAAUUCAUACAUGCAGUCCAGUGCUGGCAUUCAUCUUGCCCAGCAGUUCACCAAGGUGUACUCUCUACUCUCCUGGCUGCAAUAGUAGCAGAGAUAAUUUAUGUGCUACAGAAGGCUUCCAGUGAAAAAGACUUAACUAUACCAAACACUAUUUCAGACCUUCCUCCUCUUUCACGCAGUUUAAUGGCCAUAAUUAUGAAGUCAGUUAAUGUUGUCAGGUCAUUUUUAAAUGAAUUAAUGGAGUCCAUUCUCUCUAAAGAAAUUGAAGGGAUUUUUAGUAUAACAGCCACUGUCUGCAUUGUGAUUAUAAUUAAAGGUAAGCACAAAACUUCACUUCUGAAGGAUAUUGCACCUGCCAUUCAAAGGAAGCUGAUAACGUGCAAGAAUGCUGCCACAGAAGAAUCUGGCAGCACUGAAAGAAUCCUGUAUGAAUCAUCUCUGAAAAUUUUGGAUGAAUUUUUGAAUCCUUGACCAUGCAGAACCUUUUGUCAUGAAAAUUAAAGGAAGAUGUAUUGCUUUUUAAAAAGGAUUAUCUUGUAAACUUAUUAAUAGUUAACGUUUGUUUUCUCUUACUCUGUACAUUUAAAGCAGCCAAAUGUAU